CCCCAUUCCGCCGCUCACCAGCCCUGGGGGCACCGGCUGUGCUCAGCUGCCCAGUCUCACCCAGGCUUCGGGCUUCCUGGAGGGUCAUGCAACCCGUAGCUAUGACUAAGACGCUCACUUGGUAACUCUGCCAUAUUCCUUAUCUUUCCCUUCCUUCCCUCCCCUCCCCCUUUAAACACCCCCGUGUUCCCCUCCACCACCCUUGAGCCCUCCCCCGCCCCCAGACGCCCACCCUUAGACUCCUUUUCCUGCAAGAUAUCAGAGGUGGCGCGCAGCCCGACGAGCCGAUGACGGACCCCUGCCUCCUGCCUUCAAUGCCUCAGCAGAAGACCCCCAAAGGCUGGAGAGAGGAGGGCUGCGGCUGGACAUCCUCCGGGCGACGCUGCUCGGACCCGGUGCUAGUGGUGGAUGAGACCGGCGACUGAACAAGUCCCUGCCUCUGCCUUCGCUGCCGCCCGCCCAGUCGUUGCCGUCGAUCCGGACCGGUCCCCACCUUGCGCCUUCUGCCUCUCACCCCAGAUCAGGUCCAGGCUUCGGGCGCCCCGGGGCUCGCCCCGCGCUUGCCGCCGCCCGCGCGCCGACUGCCCGCCGCGUCCUCCUGACAGCUGCGGCGGCGGUGAUGCAGAGGAGGAGGGCGCUGCCGGCGGCGGUGCUCAUGGUGGCGGUCGGCGUCCGGGUGUGAUGAGAGCGUCAUGGUGGAGAUGCUGGCUUCGAGGCGGUGAGAGAGCAAACGAGGGCGAGAGCCAGCCAAGGGCGGAAGACAGACCAGUUCUGAUGCUUUCUUUCCUCUGUCGCUUCCCCCCACUGUAUUUUACCCGUGGUUUGCAUAUUUAAAACCUCUGGACUCAAUCCUUUCCCUACCAUCGAAGUCUCCCCGUUUCUAAAUGGAAUUAGUGGAGAUCGGAGCCUCUGGUGUAACGCACAGACAUGAUCUAUGGACGCAGUUUGUUUCACAUUAUAGCAAGUUUAAUCAUCCUCCAUUCUUCUGGAGCAACCAAGAAAGGAACAGAAAAACAAAUCACCCCAGAAACACAGAAGUCAGUGCAGUGUGGAACGUGGACAAAGCAUGCAGAGGGAGGUGUCUUUACCUCUCCCAAUUAUCCCAGCAAAUAUCCCCCAGACCGAGAAUGUGUCUACAUCAUAGAAGCUGCCCCAAGGCAAUGCAUUGAACUUUACUUUGAUGAAAAGUACUCAAUCGAACCAUCUUGGGAGUGCAAAUUUGAUCAUAUUGAAGUUCGAGAUGGACCCUUUGGCUUCUCGCCAAUAAUUGGAAGGUUCUGUGGACAACAGAAUCCACCUGUAAUAAAAUCUAGUGGAAGAUUUCUGUGGAUUAAAUUCUUUGCUGAUGGGGAGCUGGAAUCUAUGGGAUUUUCAGCUCGAUAUAAUUUCACACCUGAUCCCGACUUUAAGGACCUUGGAGUUUUGAAACCAUUGCCAGCGUGUGAGUUUGAGAUGGGCGGCCCGGAAGGAAUUGUGGAGUCCAUACAGAUUCUGAAGGAAGGCAAAGCUUCUGCCAGUGAAGCCGUGGAUUGCAAAUGGUACAUCCGAGCCCCACCACGAUCCAAGAUUUACUUACGUUUCUUGGACUAUGAGAUGCAGAAUUCAAAUGAGUGCAAAAGAAACUUUGUGGCGGUCUACGACGGAAGCAGCUCUGUGGAGGACUUGAAGGCCAAGUUCUGCAGCACAGUGGCUAAUGACGUCAUGCUGCGCACAGGCCUUGGGGUGAUCCGCAUGUGGGCAGACGAGGGCAGCCGCAACAGCAGGUUUCAGAUGCUCUUCACAUCUUUUCAAGAACCUCCCUGUGAAGGCAACACAUUCUUCUGCCACAGUAACAUGUGUAUUAACAACACACUAGUCUGCAAUGGGCUCCAGAACUGUGUAUAUCCCUGGGAUGAAAAUCACUGUAAAGAAAAGAGGAAAACCAGCCUGCUGGAUCAGCUGACCAACACCAGUGGGACGGUCAUUGGCGUGACUUCCUGCAUUGUGAUCAUCCUUAUUAUCGUUUCUGUCAUUGUACAGAUCAAACAGCCUCGUAAAAAAUACGUCCAAAGGAAGUCAGACUUUGACCAGACCGUUUUCCAGGAGGUGUUUGAGCCUCCUCACUAUGAGUUGUGCACGCUCAGAGGAACCGGAGAAACAGCUGACUUUGCAGAUGUGGCAGAAGACUUUGAAAAUUACCAUAAACUGCGAAGAUCAUCUUCCAAAUGCAUCCAUGACCAUCACUGUGGAUCACAACUGUCCAGCGCGAAAGGCAGUCGCAGUAACCUCAGCACAAGGGACACUUCCAUCUUGGCAGAGAUACCCACGCAGCCAGUCAAGCCCCUCAUCCCACCCGUGAACAGAAGAAACAUCCUGGUCAUGAAACACAACUACUCACAAGAUGCCGCAGAUGCCUGUGACAUCGACGAGAUUGAGGAGGUUCCCACCACGAGCCACAGGCUAUCCAGACACGAAAAAUCCGUCCAGCGGUUCUGCCUCAUUGGGUCUCUAAGCAAACAUGAAUCUGAAUACAACACAACUAGGGUCUAAAACGAAAAUUCAAGGUAAGCAAACGCCCUCGGCUACUUCUCUCCUUGUCAUCUUCUAUCUUUUUCUGU